UUGGCAACACCGCCGGGAGAAGCUGUCCUGCUAUCCUUUGGCGUACACGAUAAGAUAAUAUUCAGUGUUUAUUUAUUUAUUUUAAAGGUUUUGAAGUUAAAAUGUGACUUGAUUUUAGUAAGUGAUUAAAUAUAAAGUUAUCAGGAACAAUAAUAGUGCAGUGAAGUUUUGAAAUAUAUUAUAGUACGUACAGGAAUGCUAAGUUAAUAAUUCGAUUGUAGUAGUCCUUUGUUGAUAUGUAAUGAAUACGAGGUUAAACGGACGUAGUAACAGAAAGACAAUGUCCACUAAAAAAUCAUCCAGACCAAACACUCCAAUCAAGGAGUCUGGAAAAGUGGAGAAAGUUUCCAAGAAGAAUCAAAGUGAUGAUAAGGUGAUUCUGCCAAAGCAUCUCGUUAUUGAGGAAGAAACAGUAGAAAAAGAAGAGAAUGCAGUUGUUACCAAGGAAGUUAUGAAUGGUGAUGGUCAAUCUCCAUCCAAAGACAGGAAGGAAGAGAAUGGUGAGAAAUUGGAGAAUGGUACAAACGGAGAUGCAAAACUGGAGGAAAGUAUCAAGCAUGACGGUACCAACGGUAAAGAGUCCAUUACCACCAAUGGAAAUCAAGAAAACGGUUCUGGAGAACCUGUUAAAACAAAUCAGGACGUUGUUGAAGAAUCAAAUGAUAAAACUGAAGGAUUCAUGGAAGAGCCAGUAUUAACUUUGAGUGAAGAUGAUGAAAAACUUUCAAUACACGAUUCGUUUGAAUCCGAAUGCUCUUUUGAUGGAAGUCCAACUGCUUCUUCACCAAGUAGUAACAGAAGUAUAACACGAAGAUCUCAAGUAGUGAAGAUGCCAACUCCAGAAACACCUAAAAUAACAAAAGAAUCUACAGAAAGUGUGCUGGCUAAAGCAACAACGUCCAAUGAAGAAGAUUGUAUUAUCGUUGAUGAAAGUGAUGAUACAAAUACAGAUACUGAAUCAUCUACAACACCUUUGGAUCAAAAAGUUAGCAGCACUGAAGUCGUGCAAGAUAUACAGCAUGUAAAUGCAAGUUUGAUUGCUAAUUAUUCAGGAAACACAACACUCGAUCUCACUAUUGAAGAAACAAGCAACACAAAUGCUAGCAACUUUUCUGAUUCCUUGAAUGCUACUACUGAAAGCCCAAGUUAUUCAAGGUCUCUAAGGAGUAUAUCUGGUCGAAAAUCCCUUAGACCUCUGCGUGAAGUUAGUUUCAGGAAUGCAAAGCGUUUGGCCGAUGCUUCUUUAUAUAAGAAAGAUGAUACACAAACCAGCAUGAACGUUACAGUGAACACAGAAUUAAACACAAGCAUUGGAUCAAGAGUGAAUAGAAGCUUGAAAAGGGAGAGGUCGAAAACUCCUAAUGAAGAAGAUGAUAGCAAAAGAAUUAAGACUGAUGCUUCCACUACCGACUUCAUCAGAAAUUUUAUACCGAGCCCUAUGGCAGCUUUAAAAAGAAGGUUUUAUUCAUCAAAAAUCAGUAGCAGUACACCCAAAAAGCAAUGUGAGAUUGAAAAUGAUCAAGAAGGUGAAAUCACUGAAAACCGUCUAGAAGUUUAUAGCGGGAAUGAGACCAAAAAGAAUUGGUGCGUGAUUAUGUAAUUUUAAAUAUUUUCU